UGUCCGUCCCUGUGCGUCUCUGCCCAGGUGUCCUCCGUCCUCCAGCAGCUGCAGAUCACCAGCUCGUACCCUCUGGCCGAGACGCUGCUGAUGUUCGGCUUCUUCCUCACCGUCUUCGUGGAGCAGACCGUCCUCACCUUCCGGAAGGAGACGCCGUCCCUCAUCGACCUGGACACCUUCAACGCCGUCGGCUCGGACGCCGGCAGCGACUCCGAGUACGACGCGCCCUUCAUCCCCCGCCGGGGCUCGCCGGACGGACACCGCCACGGACACCUCGCCCCGGCGGACCUGGGGGGGGCGGGGCCUCUGCGUCUCGCCAGCCUGGUCCUGGCGCUGUCGGCCCACUCCGUGUUCGAGGGUCUGGCGCUCGGUCUCCAGGACGACGGCGCCAAGCUGGGCGGGCUCUUCCUCGGCGUGGCGGUGCACGAGACGUUAGCCGCCGCGGCGCUCGGCGUCACCGUGGCGAAGGCGGCGCUCGGCAUGAAGGACGCCGCCAAGCUGGGCGUGGCGGUGAGCCUGAUGAUCCCGCUGGGCGGCGCCGUCGGGAUGGGCGUGGAGGCGGCGCAGACGCUGGCGGGCGCCGUGGCGUCGGCGGCGCUGCAGGGACUCGCCGCCGGCACCUUCCUCUUCGUCACCUUCUUCGAGAUCCUGUCCCCGGAGCUGGAGGACAAACGGGACCGGCUGCUCAAGGUGCUCUUCCUCGUCCUCGGCUACGCCGCGCUCGCCGUGCUUGUCUUCAUCAAGUGGUGACGCACAGGAAGUGGG